AUGGGUGACAGAGACCUUUCUAUGGGUCCUCGAGAAGGUGUAACCUAUCCUAUAAAGGUUCAAUAUUGUGGUAAUUGUUCUAUGCCGAUAGAAUACUGUGAAUAUUAUCCCGAAUACGAUAAAUGCAAGCAGUGGCUAGAAAAAAACCUGCCCACAGAAUUUGAAAAAGUAAAAAUUGAUGAAGAAGAGAAUGCUGGUGGGGAAGAAGAAAAGAAGCGCCAGAAGAGAGGUGGUAAAGGCAUGCUGAAAUCAAAGAAAAAGGAAGAUGUUCCCAAGCUAGUGCAGGUGUCUAGAGCUCCUCGUGGCAAGAAGAAAUCUGUUACCGUAGUAUCUGGACUGAGCACGUUCGACAUUGACUUAAAAGUAGCAGCAAAAUUCUUUGGCACAAAGUUUGCCUGUGGCUCUUCAGUUACUGGUGAUGAUGAGAUUGUAAUUCAGGGAGAUGUGAAAGAUGAUCUUUUUGAUAUAAUUCCUGAGAAAUGGCCUGAGAUUGAUGAAGAUAGUAUUGAAGACUUGGGAGAUCAAAAAAGAUAG